AAUAAAAGGCGGAAGCAGGGGAAAAUGUCUGUGGUCUCGGUAGGCGCCGUGGGGCCAAGUUUAUUUUGCUAGCGAUGGCCGAUGAUUAGCUGGGCACCACCCAUGCCACCAGUGCCAAUGCAGGAACCAGGCACCAGUAACGUCGCCUAAGUCACGCUAAGCUCAUAACCCUCAAGAUCCGCGCGGCCACCCCCAUAAUCCUUUUCUUUGGUGGCGCUUUGGCGCUUCGAUGUUCGGGACAAACAAAACGCUGGCCAGUCCCUGUGUAAAAUCUCGCCUGCGCCUUUUUCAACCUCAAAAGUCUCAUUUGCAAAACUCUUCUUUCUUCCCUCUUCAUCAUCACUUCUUCAACUGCGUCAAUCGCUUGUUUCCCUUCUUUUUCCUUAACACAUUCGUUUUCAUCGAACAUCUUCGAUCCAAACCACACUCGUUGCUAAAUUAAAAAGUCGGAACAUUCAUUCAAAACACGCAAUAUGAAGUCCUCAAUCCUUGCCGUUCUCGGUGGUGCAUCCACUGCCCUUGCCGCCGUUCGUGGCUUCAACUAUGCCGCCCAGGAGCAGACCUACGACACAUUCGUCAGCCAAUUCAAGACUGCUGCUUCUUUGUCUGGUGCCUCGGACUUUACCAGCGCAAGAUUAUACACAAUGAUACAAGAUGGCACGACGGACACCCCUAUUGAUGCCAUCCAGGCUGCCAUUGAUACCAACACCACUCUUUUGCUGGGUCUGUGGGCUUCGGAAGAUCAGGCCAGCUUUGACAACGAGCUUACUGCUCUCAAGAGCGCAAUCUCAACAUACGGCUCCUCUUUCGCCGAUUUGGUUGUGGGCAUCUCCGUUGGCAGCGAGGAUCUCUACCGCAUCUCGCCAACUGGCAUCGCAGCUGACAGCGGUGCUGGUCAGUCUCCCGAUACUCUCGUCGACUACAUCGGCCAAGUUCGCAGCGCCAUUUCCGGCACUUCUCUAUCCUCGUCGCCCGUUGGACACGUCGACACAUGGAACGUCUACGUCAACAGCUCCAACUCUGAAGUCAUCUCAAACUGCGAUUUCCUUGGCCUUGACGAGUACCCAUACUACCAAACCACCGAUGUCAACACCAUCGGAAACAGCUCUUUCCUCUUCUUCCAAGCCUACGAAAAGGUUGCAGCCGUCGCUGGAGGUAAGCCAAUCUGGGUGACCGAGUCUGGCUGGCCAGUCUCUGGACCUACAUCCAACGACGCUGUUCCCUCUACCGCAGACGCCGAAACUUACUGGCAGGGAGUUGCCUGCGCUCUCGAGAACCGCGGUAUCAACUUCUGGUGGUACAUCCUGGCCGACUCUGGUUCUUCCCCGUCUUUCGGUGUCAGCAGCAACGGUACGCCUCUGUACGAUCUUGCCUGCAACUCCACUGCUGGUUACACUUCCACAACCGCCAGCAGCUCAUCCGCAUCCGCAACCGGGACAGCUUCGAAGAACAGCUCGUCUGCCACUGGUUCCAGCUCUGCUAGCGCGACCGCAUCCAAUGUCACUGCUUCCGGUGCUGCCGGUGUUGGCAGCCAAGCUGCUACCAGUGGCGCUUCUGCUUCUGGUUCUGCUACUGCCACUGGCUCCGCUGCUGCUGGUGCAUCCACCGCUAGUGCAUCCACUGGUGGUGACACCACUGCCACUGCCACUGGAACCGAGACUACAGCGACUGGAUCUUCUGGUGCAAGCGCAGCUACUUUCACCGGUGCUGCACCCAAGGCGGAGGGUUCAAUGGCUGGUCUAGCCAUUGGUGCUCUGGUUGCUGCUUUGGUUUUGUAAAUGUUGUAAAGCAUUGCUAUGAAAACACUUUUCCCAUUCACACAUGAGCUUGCAUGAAUCUGGAUAACAAACCAGUCAUUGGAGUACCUGAUAUAUAGCUGGUUUAUGGCUUAAUUGAUUGAAAAUAGACAUUUCCUUCUUGA